AUGGCGAUUGGCCUUCUGCUUUGGCUGUUACUGGCCAAGGGUCUUGCCUUGGAGGGUGUUGUGGGAGUCACAUUUUCUUCUAGGCUCGUUCACCGUUUCUCUGAGGAGGCUAAGGUUCAUCUGGCUUCAAAAGGCAACUGUUCUGCGCUUCAAUCGUGGCCUAAGAGGAACAGCUCUGAGUAUUUCAGGUUGCUUCUUAGAAGUGACGUGACACGGCAGAGAAUGAGGCUUGGCUCGCAGUAUGAAACUCUGUACCCUUCUGAAGGAGGCCAGACCUUCUUCUUUGGCAAUGUGCUUUAUUGGUUGCAUUACACAUGGAUUGACAUAGGGACUCCAAAUGUUUCAUUUCUUGUUGCAUUGGAUGCUGGAAGUGACAUGCUUUGGGUUCCCUGUGACUGCAUUGAGUGUGCUUCCUUGUCUGCUGGUAAUUACAACGUGUUGGAUAGGGAUCUGAAUCAAUAUAGACCAUCAUUAUCCAACACCAGCAGACAUUUGCCUUGUGGUCAUAUGUUGUGUGAUCAACAACCCUUUUGCAAAGGCUCUAAGGAUCCUUGCGAGUAUAAUGUUCAGUAUGCCUCUUAUAAUACAUCGAGUUCUGGAUUCCUAUUUGAAGACAAACUACAUUUGACAUCUGAUGGCAGACACGCUGUACAAAAUUCUGUGCAAGCCUCUAUCAUUUUGGGUUGUGGAAGGAAACAAAGUGGUAUUUAUUUACAAGGAGCUAGUCCUGAUGGUGUUCUAGGGCUAGGACCUGGAAACAUUUCAGUCCCAAGUUUACUGGCAAAGGCGGGACUUACUCAGAAUUCUUUUUCAAUUUGUCUUGAUGAGAAUGAAUCUGGGAGAAUCAUCUUUGGUGACCAAGGUCAUGUCACCCAACAUUCUACACCAUUCUUGCCCUUAAACGGGGAAUUUACUGCCUAUAUGGUUGAAGCAGAAAGCUUUUGUGUUGGGAGCUUAUGUCUCAAGGAAACUAGAUUUCAACUACUUAUUGACACUGGAUCUUCUUUCACAUAUCUUCCCAAUGAAGUUUAUCAAAAAGUUGUAAUGGAGUUUGACAAACAAGUAAAUGCAGCCAGGAUUAUUCUCCCAGAAUGGGAUUACUGCUAUAAUGCCAGUUCACAGGAGUUGAUUAACAUUCCCCCAUUGAAACUUGCUUUCUCUAGGAAUCAAACCUUUCUAUUUCAGAAUCCUAUUUUUACUGGUCUUGCCAGUCAGGAACAGCACUACACCCUCUUUUGUUUGCCCAUAACUCCUAUCGAUGAGGACUUUGCUACCAUUGGACGUGAGUAUACCGCUGCCUACCCUAUUGAGUGUUGCCUUUCAUUUGCCACUCUUGUUUCAGAGAACUACCUGAUGGGUUAUCGCAUGGUCUUCGAUAGAGAGAACCUGCGGUUUGGCUGGUCCAGAUGGAAUUGCCAAGAUAGAGCAAGUUUCAAAUCACCUUCCAAUGGUGGAUCACCAAACCCUUUACCGGCAAAUCAGCAGCAGAGUGUCCCUAAUGCUCGUGCUGUGCCACCCGCCAUUGCCGGACACGCCUCCCCCAAACCCUCUGCAGCAACAGCUGGAGUGACCUCUAGGCAUUCCUUAGUUUUAUUGUUACUACUGAUAUGUGACCUUUGGCUUUUAUCUUGUUAA